AUGCCUGUUACUGCCCAAAGUCCCGAAAUGACUAUCUUUACUGCUCUGUCAGUAAUUGAGAUGACUCAGUGUGGCCCUGACGGAAAGUGUGCCGAGAUAUGUCCACCCUAUCCCCCCUACCCCUGGAUCAUUGAGAAUGGAACGAUUACUUGUCCCCUCGGAUAUUACUUCUGUGUUGAAACAGAAUCCUGCGUGGUAUGUCGAAAUGAGAAGAAAGGAUCGCCUUGCUUAGCUGGGGUGGCCUACUGUUUGGAACAGUGUCCAUCAGAUCUUGUGUUCUGUGAAGAUCGACAGGCUUGUCUGCCAUCUUGUACAGACACUGCUUUCUGUGGUGAUGAAGAAAUAUUCUGCCCCGGCCUUCAAGCUUGUUCUAACGUGUCAGAAUGUUUCAGAAACGAGUCGUCCUGUAUAUUUACAUUAAACACGACAAUGAUGUCAACGUCGGUCUUUUGCUUAAACGGAAACGUUUGCCCACAAAAUUCUACUUGUUGUCCAAGCGACGGGCUGCCCAUCUGUAUCACGGAUUCCGGCGUUGGUCUGAGCAAAUCUGAAGUGCCAGUUCCUAUAGAAGCUCGGUUCAAGGACACAUUGGAUGCAGUGGAUAUUUCUUUUACGACCGCGUUAACUCCUCAGGGUCCAAUCAACUGUUUUAAAGUAUUCGACCAGUUCAGUUUAAGUCUACUUGGUCAAGGUCCCUCUUGUGUAAGUAUAGCAGACACCCUGACUAUCUAUCUCGGAGAAGAACCUGCUUUAACUCCCGGUAAUAUAAUAACCCUUCGGUCUGGUAACGACAUCUAUAAUCGAGACAAAUUAUCAGAAAAAGGAUUCGAAGCUACUGGGAUGGUCAGUGUAGAAAAUGCCGUUAGUCCGUUGAAGGAAAACGCCGAAUACGUCGUUCUGUUGACAGCUCGGAACCGCCUAGGGGCACAGACUUACAUUCCUACGGUACACACAGUUCGUCGUACCUCCAAAUCCCUAGCUCUAACACUCGUGGGUCCUACACUUGUUAACCCUCAUAGUGACGUCACCUUUACUGUACUGAUUGACGUCUGCGCAAGUGUAAAUCUGACAUCAUCGAAACUUCAAUUCUUGUGGUCAACAAACAGUUCGGACUUCAGUUUAGCAGCCUUCACGGGAAGAAGUGCAACUGUGACAAGUGACCAACUGACCAGUGGUAGACCAUUCGUUGUCUCUGUAACUGUUUCUGUAAAUGGCAGUGACAUCUUGCGGGGAGAAGUCAAUCGUUUAUUCGUAAUUAAGAAAACGUCUUUAAGACCUUGGGUUGACCCUGAAACCCUGGUGGUUGGAAACGAAACUAGUUACUUCUUGUUAAAAGGCACUCCUUACUUGUACACCAAUCUCAACACACUUGCCAUGGAAAAUAUUCUUCUUGAUUGGUCAUGUCACUACCAGAUGGCAAAUACUUCUUGUUUAAACGAGAACGUAACAACCAAUGAACAAAUGCUGACUAUACAUGCUGGGAUGUUGAAACCAAACAGAUACAACAUAACAUUCAAAGCCACCAGAAAUACGUUGGGAGCUGAGAAACAGAUGAAUGUAAUAGUCCUACCAGGAAACGUACCUGUCGUGUACGUUAAGAGAAGUUACGUCGGGCCUGUUAGUCCAACAGACAGAUAUGUAGUAAAUGCCUACGUCACUAGUGACGUGGACGUGAGAGUGUGGUGGGAAUGUGUAGUUGAAAAAGAAUAUGCCACAUCAUCACUGGAAGGAAUAACACCAUCAUCACAUCCAAGAAAUUACAGUGGUCCAUUGAUAAGACGUCCUUUCCCUUUGUUGAUUCCGUCUGUUAAUACUCAUUGGCGCGGUCUUCUCGGUGGUGGCCGCUACAAAUUUCGACUAGUAGCAGAACCAAUCAACGGAGGAGAACGAGGAUACGCUGAUAUAAUUGUUGAAACUAAUCAACCACCAAUCACAGGAGGUUUGGAGGUGACACCACCGUCUGGAAUCGCAUUUCAAACAACUUUUACAUUAAAAGCUACCGGAAGAUGGAGCGAUGAGCCACAGGACUAUCCAUUGAAAUACACUUUUUUCUAUCAGGUGAUGGAUGAAGAAUUCACAACUCCAAUAAAUGUCUUUAUUGGAGAGCCACCUGGCGUGCAGAACGUUUUUCUUCCAGGAGACUCUCGUCAGAGUUCGAAUGUUACAGUUGCUGUAAAGGUUUGUGGAGGUAUGUCUUGCUCCAUCGCUAAGCAGACGGUCCCCAUUAGUCCUUCUGCCAUUUCAGGUGAAGAAUGUAUAGACAAAUUGUCAGGACAAGCUGCUACAUUGUUAAAUGAAGGUGACAUAACCCAAACUCUAGCUACUGUCAGAGCAGCGGCGCUGCUACCUGGUAACCAAUCAGAAACGCUCUUUCACAACACUGUAAAUGCUGUAGCUGUAAAUACACUGCUGACUAUGGAAAGCCUUCAACUGACAACCAAUUCAACUACCUCUAACGCAAUCCAGAUGAUCAAUGACGUCGAAUCCUACUUGGCUGGCAUGUGCCAAUAUCUCGUUGUGGGCGAAGAGCCCGCAACAGCUGCGACCUCUAUCGUUGCUGUUCGGAGCGAAAAGCUGGAAUUCGAUUUACUGGCUGGAAAGGCAGUGAUUUUAGCAUCUCUCAACAGUAAGGAAACGAACCAGGUGAACUUGGGCGCUGAGAUUGUCGAAACGUAUAGCUCGUGGCUGUGUUUGGAGCACGAGCUAUGCUACAGCGCGUGCGUGGGAUCAGCGGAGGUGAAGUCAGAUAUCGCUACACUAGCUGGUGGAGAGACUUUACGUGGCUCUCUUAUUCUUUUGCGGUUCUUUAACCCUCUUACAGGCCACCAGAUGGCUCUUGAACCUCUUCUGAUACCGAUGAUUCUGACUGUUCCUGUAGAAAAUAUCGAAGUUAAUGAAGGAGAAACGCUUGUGUUAACCACAACAACUAUUCAACCACCAGAAGCUCCACGUCCAAUCACAGCUCGAUUUGCUGACAGCCUUGACAACGUUCUUAUAACUCUCUCUGACAGUGUUCGUCCUGAGGGAUUGAUCAACUGUAGUGACGUGUUUAAUAAGACAAGUCUGGAAUUACUGGGAGAAGAUCCUAUGUGUGUCAGUAUAGCAAACACUCUGACAGUUCAGCUUGGACGAGAACCCGAUCUAAUACCCGAUGAUUCACUGACCUUUCUGUCUGGUAACGGACUCUACAACCGAGACGUGCCUUCUGAGUUAGGGUCAGAGGUUACGGGAACAGUUACAGUAGAAGAGGCUCUCAGUCCGUUUACUCCAUACUUCGACCUAUUUGGUCCUAGAGAGGUUUGUGGAAGAACUAUUAACAUCACGGUGAUUGACGUCACAGCUGACGCAUGUUAUGAAAUGGAUUACUUCAGGUCUAUCUUCCCGAUUGACACUUCAG